CCCAUUUGGAUACUCCAUUGCAACCAGAGAAAAGUUCAGAUUUCAAAAAUGCAGACUCAGACGCACACCACCACAGAUCGACAUGGCUAUAGCUUGCGCUUUUCGCCCUUCGAGGCUAACUAUUUGCUGCUAGCUACAAGCCAAUUGUACGGUCUUGCUGGAGGUGGUUCUCUCUUUCUGCUCGAACAGAACUCCAACGCAACCUCUUCCGACGGCCAGAACCUCGGGGAGCUGUGCCGUCUGGAGUGGUCCGAUGGACUGUUUGACGUCGCCUGGUGUCCCUAUGCCCCCGACAUCGCGGCCACCGCCUCCGGAGAUGGAUCGCUCCAGAUCUGGUGCGGAUUGGACGGCGAAUCGGCGGCCAACCAGCAGACGCCCAAGCAGCCGCUGAUCUGCCUGCAGGAGCACAAGAACGAGGUCUACAGCCUGGACUGGGGCGAGAAGUGGAACUACCACACCCUGCUCUCGGCCAGCUGGGAUUGCACUCUGAAAUUGUGGGACUGCAACAGACAGAGCUCCAUCACCACUUUUGUGGGCCACAGCGAUCUGAUCUAUGGGGCCAAGUUCUCGCCCCUGAUCGCCAAUCUGUUUGCUAGCGUAAGUACUGAUGGGCAUCUUAACUUAUGGAAUUCUCUUGAUUUUGCAGGUAAACCCCUGAUGAGCAUCGAGGCGCAUGCGAGCGAGGCACUAUCCUGCGACUGGUCGCACUUCGAUCGGAAUGUCCUGGUCACUGGAGGAUCGGAUGGCUUGAUUCGGGGAUGGGAUCUGCGCAAGAUGAGGACCCACGUCUUUGAGCUGUACUCCGGGGAAUUUGCAGUGCGUCGAUUGGCCUGUUCACCGCACUCGGCAGCGGUUUUGGCAUCUGCCAACUAUGACUUUACAACAAGGAUUUGGAAUCUGGAGCGUGGCGAGUCCGCCCAGGAGAUCAAUGCCCAGCACACGGAGUUCGUCUGCGGUUUGGAUUGGAAUCCUCACAGGACCCACCAGCUGGCCGACUGUGGAUGGGACUCGUUGGCCAACGUUUAUACCCCACAGUGUCUUAGCGGCGAACUGGCCGUCUAGGGUAUCACUGGGCAUGCCCGCAACUGGAAACACUGGAACUGGUACUCCCUAAAUACCGAAAACACAUGUGAUAAGGCGCUAGUGGCGUCGAAAUAGCCAGGCCUACAAACGGUGCACCGCCAGGAAGAUAGCUGAGCUAUACGAAAUGCCUAUAAGGAACUGUAAGGAACUCUAAGGAUCCGGAUCCGAAGACAGGGCGAUGACGUGUAAAUAGUUGUGUGAUAAACGCUGAACGGGCGAAUCCUCAAGCAGGUGCUUCAAAUGUCAAUAAA